AUGCCGCAUUUCUCACCACAUCGUCAAGUCGAGUGCAAGACAAUUGAUGGCACAUCAAUUGCAGGUUGGCUGUACACAGUCGAUGAUGGUCCCGCACCGGCUAUCAUCAUGUCACACGGCUUCAAUUGCGUCAAAGAGAUGACCCUUCCAGAGGUUGCUGAAGCGUUCCACAAGCGAGGCUACAACGUCUUUCUAUACGAUGCUCGCAGCGUUGGAGCCAGUGGUGGAUCGCCACGUAAUCUCCUCGACCCUCUUCAAAUGGCUGAAGAUCUAUCUGACAUUUACACCUUUGUCUCAGAGCUGAAAAGCGUCGAUGCGCGUCGCAUAGUGCUCUGGGGCAUGUCAUUCGGUGGAGUAGUGAGCGCCUGCUCUGCUGCUGUUGACCGCCGUCCCAAAGCAGUCGUCAUGGUUUGCCCUUUGUUCAGUUAUGUGCAGCCACAUAAAGCAGACAAGGCCUAUGCGCUGCUCAUGAAAGAUCGUGUGUCGCAGCUGAGGAAAAAUGAGCCCCUCUCAAUAACCCCAUUCACGCCCCAGGGAGACAAUCCAAUCGGCAUGGGGGGCGCUGGAGGCCCUGGUGGCAUCGAGGCGUACAAUCUGAUGAAGGCCGCAUCCGAAUUAGGUCAUCCUGACUUUCGUGACCGCCUCACGCUCCAAACCUACCAAAAGCUGGCCAUGUUCCGUCCAAUGGAGUACAUGGACAUGAUUAAAGCACCGCUAAUGAUGAUAAUUCCUGAACUAGAUGACAUAUCACCCAUAUCGGAACAAAGGGAGGCUCUGUCGAGGGUGCAAAGCCCUAAGCGGGAGUAUUUCGCAAAGGGCAAAGGCCACUUGAACAUUGCCACUGGGGACGGAUCAACUGAAAUGGUGGUGGCGACUCUUGAGUUCCUUGAGGCGGCUCUCGGAGGCACGCUGGAGUGA